AUGAGAAUCAGAGAUCAAGAUCCUUCCAUGGAAGCCGCUCAAGGUUUUUGGGGAGAGAGAAUCAGGUUGGGAAAAGAAGCGCUUCUCGACUCCGACUCAGACGAGAAGCGCCAGAGAGUGGAAGAGAGAGAGAGAGUGAAAGAGAAAUUGCGAGAACUUUGGCGUAAGAAGAGAAUCAGAGAUCAAGAUCCUUCCAUGGAAGCUGCUCAAGGUCCUAGGAGAGUGGACGAGUGGAGACUGGUUAAUGAGCCAAUAGUCUGGAUUGUGGUGGGCCUUUUGCAAAUAUUGUAUUCUCUAAGAUAG